CUGGUUUAAUUAGUGAGAGACUGGACGAUCGAAAGCUUAUUAUUGGGAGAAACUCUCUCCACAUGAAGUGUUUUGACAGUGCCAUCGGGAUUUGGCUUAGUGGCCCUCAUGGAUGGUGGCCCUUAAUAGGUCCAGUUGAGUUCGGGGGUUGCUCCAUCCCCACGAGUCGUCCUGACGUUUGAGAGCAUAGACGACACCCAUAGAUGUGACCGAAGACUGUAGAAGCUGUCUGCCUUUUGUUUUGCGUGCUCGGUUUAAGUGACAUAGCAUUCCAGAUGUUUAGUUUUAGUAAAGUUUUACUGCGCUCGCAACUGCAUUAGGUCAUAUGAGCGCCAAGGGGUGGAUGUCAACGGAGAAGUCUAAACGGGGAAUAUGGUUUACUCUGCUCGCCCUUCUAGUUCUAGCCUCAACAGCACAACGUCUGCUUCGACUGUCAAGGCACCCCGGAAAUACCAGUUCACAAUUUCAGAAUAUGAACCAUUGGAUUCAUGCAAGAAAUCUCACAUCGAAGAAGAUUUGGUACCUGGACUUGAUGAUGCCAUUGUUAAAACGGCUAAGAUGAGGAGAAAACAGCCACCAAAGUGUAGAAAAGUAGCCAGAAAAACUGCCAACAAUGUUGUUCAAUACUAUAGCCGUGUACACAUCAAAACUGAUCGCAGUGAUGAGGGUCAGGAGAAGUUUGCUCAGGAAAAUGCUGCAAUAUGGACAGAGAUUAAGCUUGAUGUCCUUAAAGAUCUGAAUUCCAUGUCCUCAGCUACCAUGAACAGUGUUGCAGAAGAAAGACAUGAACUUCUCAAGGCUCGCCGUUUAUGCAGAGGCAAGGAGAAACCUGCCAGAGGGUGUGCAAGGCAGAGGAAAUUUCCGAAAGUGAACUCGGCACAUUUCUACAACCCUGAUUUUAUCAUUGAUCAGAAUGACAUCGCUUGACAAUGAUGUCUUAUUCUUUUGACUUACUGACUUAAUAAUUUACUCAUUACAAAUGUACAUAAUGACAUUAGAAUAAAAAGUUGUAGCCCAUUA